UUCCUCUCUCUCUCUCCUUCCUCUCCUUUUCGUCUCUGUUCUUCAUUAGCGCCGUCCGCCAUUGUUAUAAAUCCUUCUCUUCUUCCCCGUUCUCCAACUAACCCUAAACCACUUCCAUAGCCGGACCUCGGAGAUUCCUCAUUCCCGUUCGCAAUGGAAGUGGCGGUUCCGGUUCUUCCUGUCGACUUCAACUUCGACAGCGCCUGCUCUUCCCCUUACAUGACCGCUCCUUCCAGUCCUCAGCGCUUUGGAAACUUCUUCUCCAGUGCUCCAACCUCUCCCUCACACGCUGCCGCAUUCUACUAUGAAUACAAGGAGUUUGGUUCUGGCUAUGGCGAUGGAAGGAUUUCUUCGGCGUCGGAUAUCCCUUUCCUGUGGGAGGAGAUGCCUGGAAUUGCGAAAUCUGGAGGUGAUUGUUGUAGUAGUGUUGCUGAUGAGGAUUUUGAAUUCGAUUUCAGUGGACAAUUGGAGCGGACUUCUUUGUCGGCUGAGGAGCUCUUCGAUUGUGGUAAAAUUAGGGCUCUGAAACCUCCGCCGUGCCAUCGAGUGACUGAUUCGGUUUGCUCUAGUGCGAUGUCGCCUAAAUCGCCGAGAUCGGUGAAAAUUGCGCAGGGAAAGAGAAUGGUUCAAGAAGUUUUCUCUCCUCGCCACCACCGCCGGAGAGAUACAGAUCCAUUCGAUGAGGCUCUCAAGGCAGCAACACAAAGAAACAGCGACGGAAAGCGAGGCAGAGAAAGAACAAACAUCUCCGUCUCCUCGCGGUCGUCUUCAUCCAUAAGACGCAGCGGAAGCCGAUCGUUAUCUCCACUCCGUGUCUCCAAUAACAUUCUCAUUUCCGACCUAGAAAUGCCAGAUAAAUCCGGCGUUUCUUCCGCCACAAGCAACGACAAACACUCAAUCACAUCAUCAUCGGCUUCAUUCCUCUCCGCAUUCUCGUUCUCCAGAGGACAGAGAAGAUGGAGAAUCAGAGACCUACUACUGUUCCGAAGCGCAUCAGAAGGGAGAGCGACGGACAAGAAAGCUAUAGAGGAGAUGAAGAACUCAAGCUUCCGGUCGAUGGAGAGCCUGAGUUCGGUGUCGAGCUCGAGAAGGCGAGGGCCGAUUUCGCCUCACGAAUUGCACUACAAAACGAACAGAGCAGUUUCAGAAGAGCUGAGGAAGAAGACGAGCUUGCCGUACAAACAUGGCCUCUUGGGGUGUUUAGGAUUCAAUUCCAGUAUGCAGCGCAGUUUCUCCAGAGGAUUUGGCUCGCUCGCACGUGCAUGAAAUAUUCCCUCAAAUAAUUAAUUUUAUUCAAUAUUUUAUUCCCAAUUA